CUCUCUUCUCUUCCAUGGAUCCAGGCACCUCUCAACUAGAAUACAGACUUUCUCCAAGAUUUCAAAGGGAGUCACAUUCCAUAAUGUUACAAUUAAAAAUAGACCUGGCAGCUUAUUGCCCAAUUUAUGAGCAUUUAUUAGUGAAAGAGAGAGAGUUUAACAGAAGCAGAGAGAGAGUUCUCAGCCUUUUAGAUCUCAUUCCCCAUUCAGCUAGCUCGGGCUUGACUUGCCAGAGAUCAAGAGAUCAGGAAAGCUCAGAGAGAAACCCCCAGCUCAGAGAGCCGGUUCCAGAGGGGAGGUACAAAAGACACCUUUCCUUCCCUCUCUUGCAUUUUCCAUUCCCUGGAUUUUCCCUCCAUGGUUAUCCGUGUUGGUUCUGUCCCAUUGAUGCUUGGGACACUCAACCUGACACGGGUUUCCCCGGGACACAGUGGUAGGGCAUCAGACACGUGACCCUGUGUCACCUACAUCCCACUGCUGUCCCCUAGGUAUGUUCCUUCACACACUAGAUAGAAACUCCUCAGCAUUACUGUGGAAGGUCAUGGAGCUGCUUUGUGCAAACCUCCAUUGGGCUCUUAAAGACUCAUCUUCUAUUGCUGACUGACACUGAGAGAGUUUGAGACCUUUGGGCCCCUCCCUUCUCUAUGUGUCAGUUUCCUCCUGUAAUUGACCAGAGUUGGACUCUAUUCUGGUGUGGCUUUCAGCCCUCUGUGUUCUGACUUGGUCUGUUCUAGGAGGUGGUGAUGUUCAAGGAUGUGGCUGUGGACUUCACCCAGGAGGAGUGGCUCCUCUUGGCCCCUCCCCAGAAGGAACUGUACAAAGAGGUGAUGCUGGAAAAUGCCCAGAACCUGCUCUCUGUGGGGCUUCCAGUUCCCCUAGACGAUGUGAUCUCUUAUUUGGAGCAGAGGGAAACCCCAUGGAUGCUGGAGCAAGAAGGUCUGAGUGGCUGCUUCCUAGGUGAGAUCAGACCUGUUUUGAAAAUGACUCCAACAGAAGUGAGCUUUUCUGUGGAAGAAACUGAGAAACAAAAAUUCAUGAGUGAUGGUCUGGAUAACUUAGCUUGGAGAGAAUUCUGCAUUGAAUUUCAAAAUUCAUCCCUUCCUGAACAUCAAAGAAUGAUCUCUGAGGGAAAGUCUCAUGAAUGUAAUCAGUGUGAAAAGACUUUUAUGCACAGGUCUAAUCUUGAUGUACAUCAGAGAAUCCACACUGGGGAGAAACCUUAUGAAUGCAAGCAAUGUGGAAAGAUAUUCAGUCACAGUUCUGUUCUUGCUAUACAUCAGAGAAUCCACACUGGGGAGAAACCUUAUAAAUGCAAGCAAUGCGGAAAGGCAUUCAGUCAAACCUCCGGUCUUGCUGUACAUCAGAGAAUUCACACUGGGGAGAAACCUUAUGAAUGCAAGCAAUGUGGAAAGACAUUCACUGCAAUCUCCAGUCUUGUUCAUCAUCAGAGAAUCCACACUGGGGAGAAACCUUAUGAAUGCAAGCAAUGUGGAAAGAAAUUCAGCCAAACUUCCACUCUUGAUUCACAUCAGAGAAUUCACACUGGGGAGAAACCUUAUGAAUGCAAGCAAUGUGGAAAGACAUUCAGUCACAGUUCUGUUCUUGCUGUACAUCAUAAAGUCCACACUGGAGAGAAACCUUAUGAAUGCAAGCAAUGUGGAAAGGCAUUCAGUCAAACCUCUGGUCUUGCUUCACAUCAGAGAAUGCACACUGGGGAGAAACCUUAUGAAUGCAAGCAAUGUGGAAAGGCAUUCAGUCAAAUCUCCACUCUUGCUUCACAUCAGAGAAUCCACACUGGGGAGAAACCUUAUGAAUGCAAGCAAUGUGGAAAGACAUUCAGUCAAACCUCCGGUCUUGCUUCACAUCAGAGAAUGCAUACUGGGGAGAAACCUUAUGAAUGCAAACAAUGUGGAAAAGCAUUCAGUCGAACCUCUGGUCUUGCUUCACAUCAGGCAAUGCACACUGGGGAGAAACCUUAUGAAUGCAAGCAAUGUGGAAAGACAUUCAGUCGAACCUCUGGUCUUGCUUCGCAUCAGACAAUGCACACUGGGGAGAAACCUUAUGAAUGCAAGCAAUGUGGAAAGGCAUUCAGUCGAACCUCCGGUCUUGCUUCACAUCAGAAAAUGCACACUAGGGAGAAACCUUAUGAAUUCAAGCAAUAUGGAAAGGUUCAGUUGGUGCUCCACUCUUGUUCUGCAUGAGAAAUCACAGAUUUUCACAUCAAACUCAACUUAUUCUAAGAUUAGGUAUAAAUGGGCAUGUGAUGUGUAUAUGAAGUAUCAUAUCACAAAAUAAGGGAGCAUGUAAUAGUUCACCUCUUACCUCAGUUUAUUGAUAUAGGAGCAAUUUGUUACCAAUAUGGAAAUAGAAAACAUUGUGGGAUGUUGCAUAAGUCACUUUUAGCAUGGUAAAUCCAAAAUUAUUUUUACAAACAAAGCCAAUACAACCAAGGUUAAAAAUGAGAAGCAACAGUUAUCAUUUGCUUUAAAACAAUGUCCAAUUAAAUACCUAAUAUUUUAAUCACAGUCCCAAAUACUUCAGCCAUUUCAUAGAAUCUAAAUCUAAGAAACAGAUGAUUAAGUAAAGGAAUAAUGCCAUUGCUUUGUAAAAUUCAUUUUAAAAAUAAAGUUAUUGUUUUUCAAAAAAUCUCUACAAAUGAAAAUUUAAAUGGUAAAAUGUUAUUGUCAUUUUAAAAUAAGACAGAAGCUUAUUGACAGCUAAAUCAAUUAUUCAGUUGGAUGCAUUAUCAAAUUAUCUGAAACAGAAAAUCAUGCAUCUAUCAGCUUGGGAUUUUGGCCUGAUGGGACACAGACUAGUGUAAUAUGACUUAUACAAUUAUGCUCAUUUCUAUAAUUUCUAAAGACAUUAUUUACAUAUCAAAUUUAAAGCCAAUUUUUCAUUAAGGUCUGUGCUACCAAUACCAGAUCAAAUGUAAUCUGCUAGAAAAAUACACAUGAAUUUAAGGAUACUGCAUUACAAUGUAUUUUUACAGUCCUAUCCAAUCUAGAUUCACAAUUUUAAAUGGCAAAAUAUAGGAUCUUUUCUUAAGAGACUUGCUGUCAUCUCCUCAAAUGAUAGGCACCUUUAGUAUUAGUCUGUUGCCCAGGCUUUUUUACAACCUUUCUUCUUACUGGAUGAUUCUGAAUCUUUGGGAUGAAGGAGGAAAAGAGGCAGGCAUUGAAGAAAUGGGCAAAGUGGAGCCCCAGAGAUGAUACUGUUGGUGAGUUGUGAUAAAAAUCUUCACAAAUUUAGGGAGAGGGUUAGGGUUAGAAACUAGCAGAAAUUUAAGGUUAGAGCCUCUCCUAGACAGCAAAUGCAUGCUCUGGCCUCAGCCUCAUUUCAGUCUCUUGCCUUUAUUUCUCAGGAGUCAACAGUAACUGUUUGAACCUGAGCAGACCCAAUCCUUAAGAGGCUUCUUGCUGGGAUCUCAUCUCCCUAAAGUGAAAUGGUGUGGUCACCUGAUUGUCCAAGGACUGGACAAAGCCUGAGCCCCAGAGAGCAGAAAGGGGCCUGGAGCUGAUUUAGGCAAAGUUUAGCCUUGUAUCACUUCUAAGGAAAUCAGCAGUCUCCACCCCUAAUUAUGUGCUAUAGGUCAAUGGAGAAAAGGAAAAUCAGAAAACCAACUUCUUGGCACCACUCUACAUUUAGGGUCUUUUAUCUCAAGUGGGUCAUCAACAUGGCAAGGCUAUCCUGUGACAUCCCCCUAAAGGAUUCCCUUUACUACCCACCACAGCAGGCUUCCAAAUAUUUCUCUGGUCUCCGGCUCCCCUUUAUGACUUCACCCCCCUGCCCACACCCUCUGAGCUGAGAACUUGGCCUCAUAUUUCACUGAACACAAGCUGGACCUCUGAAGAGCUCUCUUAUCCUCCAGAUCUCACCCAGCUCAGAUGACUCCUUUUCCUCUCUGGCCUCAGCAUCAGAGCAAAUGGUCAUUCUCCUAGCUAAAGAAAACCUCUUUCGAUGUGCAAAGAAACCCAUCUUGUCCUUUAUCUAAGUCCAGUGUAUUCCUCCCUCCAGUACCCUCAUUGUUCUUUUGUUUUUAGCCUUUCCCACACUAAUCAGCUAAUGACUUCCUAUGGGAAUCAACAAAUCAUUCAUCUCCAAUCUCCUAAAUUCUCUCAAUUUAUCUCUUCAUCCCCCUGAGAUAUUGUCCAAUGUCUGUCCCUGGAUUCACGGCAUAACUAGAAAUGGCCAUUUUCAGUGAGUUGUUCCAGUGCUUUUCCCUUGUUUUUUCUGCUAUCCUUCCCCCAAGAAUUCUCAGUCUGGCUCUCCUGAAGCCCCAGGCUACCUCCCUGCAUUAGACCUUUCUAGUGCUCUUUCCCUUAAGAGUCUUCCCUCUCCAAAUUGGUUGCCCUGUGUAAGGAAUUGAUUAAUGCUGAAGAAAAAUUUGCAAAGCCGAUGCAAUGAAAGGAAUCUUUAAGAUCUGUACAUCAAGGAAGAUUCCAAAGGAGAAUGUGGCCAUGAGGAAGGCAGUUUGAACAAGCAGGCACAAAUUAUUUCUUCCUCAUUCUUUUUUCUUGGAUUUUAGGAGAAGGAGCUAAGGAGAGAUCUCUGCCUUUUCUGGCUAUUGAUUUCUCUGAAAGAUUUGGGGCUUGAUUCUGAAGAUCUUUGAAAGUUUCUGAUAAUAUCCCUCUUUAAGACUAUACAUCUUUACUUAUUUAUUAUUGAGAUUUAUAUUAGAUUAGGGUAAUCCUAAAACCCUUCUCUCCCAUCUAAGUUCCUUUCCCCUUCUUUCCUUUAAAAUAAAUCCUUGUUUCCAGUCUUUUAGAGAGUGAGUUGUCAGUUAAAAGUUUCAGUCUACUUACCCAUUCUGAAUCCCUGCUUGACUCAAACUGAAAGAUAGCAGAAUUGGGUGGGGGGAGGAGGAGAAAGAAUUCUGUCCUUCACGUUACCUUAUUUCUCAGUGUGUUUGCCCAGCAUUUCCAAUUAUCAUAAACAACCCAGUAAAGGAUAAUAAAACUUGUCACCCCAGAAAAGAUCUUACCCUUUCCCUAAACAGUGAUGGUCAAAUAGAAAAAAAAAUGUUUCUACAAGUAAUCUGUGAAAUGAUGGUUCUUGCAACUGUUAAUGGAUUUAUAUUUUAAUGUACAGUGCAGUGACUAAUAUCAUGAUGGAUACUAUAGACCUUAUAUCCAAUUCUACUUUGUUUAUAAUGAAUAUAUCCUUCACGACUGACACAGUAAUAUGGCAAAUCCUUACCCAGACGUAUAUUCUCACCACGACUGCCAUAUAGACUUUCACUUAUCUAUUUAAGUUCAUAAUACUGAAGAAAGCAGCUCAGGUCAUGGUGGUAGAUACAAAUCUGGAACAACUAGUGAAGAAUAUGUAUGAGGAGUUUCUGAAAAACAAAAAACAAACAAAAAAAAGGAUUAGACCAGGCUAAGGAUGGAAGUGGGCAGGAAGCUACUGGGCAUAAAGACAUAGAUAACAAGAAAGCAAAGGGACAAUAAGACAGGAACUCAAGAAAAUGGAAAAGAGCAAGGACAUCAACGAUGAGGCCAAAAAUUUUUUCCACUCAGGCACAUUACAAAGAUAUCAGACACUGAAGGGGUGGUUCAUUCCAAAGUACAUAAACAGUUUUCCAUACAGGAACUUGAUUCUAUAUGCCAUAGAUUCCCAAAAUUUGUCAACGAGUCCCACCAAGCUCAUAAGGAAUUUAAAAAGGCAUUUAAAACCUUUAAACCAAAUUGUGAAGAUGCAGAGUUCCUCCUUUCAUAAUUAUUUAGCCCCCAUGAGCAUAGGCAAUUUAUUGAGAGGACUAGGAAUUUUAGCACCCUAACGAGCUGGCCUAUUGAAGAGAAGAGAGAAGAUUUUGACUUUUCCAAUCCAGCAUGCAUGACAUAUCUAAGAAAAUGUAGAAAGGAUUUUCUCCAGGCUAUAAAAUCUUUCUGUUCAAAACCCAAAGCAUGAG